ACGCUGCCGGGCGGGAGCGGCGUCGGGAUGCUCAUGUGGGGGCUCGCGCUGCGCCACGGCUGGGGGUGCGCGAAGAACGAGCGGCAGGGGUUCGCGUGGCUGCGCCGCGCGGCGGAGAGCGCGGUCGACGACCUCGAGCGCGCGCGCCAGGGCAUGGACACCACCGCCAUCCGCUCCGAGCUCGUGCUCGCGAUCUACGAGGUCGGGCAGUGCUUCUUCCAGGGCUGGGGCGUGAAGAAGGACCAGAAGAUGGCCGUGAGCUACUUUCAGGUCGCGGCGAAGCUCGGGGACGCGGACGCCCAGCAGGAGCUCGCGUUCUGCCUCGCGAACGGCAAGGGCUGCAAGAAGGACCGCAAGGAGGCCGCCAAGUGGUACCGCGACGCGGUCGCCCAGGGCGCGAGCGACGUCGGGCUGGCGUGGAUAUACAAGGAAAAGUUCAAGUAG